CAUUAUCAAUGGGUAUGGGGUGCAUUUGGUCUGUUCACAUUAAAAGGUUGGAUGGAAACUGACCAAUGAGAACGUUCUUUUCCCGAUUCCUUAUUAGCAUAGGGCGGAGCGUACUGUCUAUUUAAUCUGCGCUGUGAGUUGGCUCCGCUUAUUUCCAGGUCCGAAGCUGAUUGAAAAAAUGCCUGACCAGUCGAAAGCUUCCAAGAAAGGCGGCAAGAAAGCCGUGUCCAAAGCGCAAGCCAAGGGCGGCAAGAAGCGCAGGAGGGCAAGAAGGGAGACUUACUGCAUCUACGUCUACAAGGUAAUGAAACAAGUUCACCCCGACACCGGCAUCUCCUCGAAGGCCAUGGGCAUUAUGAAUUCGUUCGUGAACGAUAUUUUCGAACGCAUUGCGGGCGAGGCUUCCCGCCUGGCUCAUUACAACAAGCGUUCGACCAUCACCUCUCGGGAGAUCCAGACCGCCGUGCGCCUGUUGCUGCCCGGGGAACUGGCCAAGCACGCCGUGUCGGAAGGGACAAAGGCGGUGACCAAGUACACCAGCUCCAAGUGAAGUCGCAGGAAGUGCUGACGGAAACCCAACGGCUCUUUUAAGAGCCACUCACUAUUUCCAUGGAAGAGUUUUGAUCUCACCAAACUUGUCUUUGAAAGCCUUUACACUCAAAGGUAAUUCUAAUUCUGUUAAUGUUGAGUGAACUUUCCAUCACUUCGUACAAUCCUUUUGUGUCGCGUCCCUGCUUCAUUGCGCUAACACUGACAUUUUGCCCUCCUGCUUCCGUCAGCUUGUCGUGACUUUCCCCCACUCUCAAAGCUUUGCACAAAGGAAGGACUGGGGUGAAGACGUUAUUUAAUUGCUGUGAAUAUGAUGUAUUAACUGGAGUACUCCCGUGUUGUAAAAGCCCUGUUUUUGGAUUGAAGGAUAAAACUAGCAUUUGGCUUACUUUUUCGUUAACUAGGAACUAAAUAGUUUGGAGUAUCUUUCUCCUGUUCGCUCACUGAUUACACUGCUCCACAUUACUCUAGAAAGUUCUUGGACGAACACGAAAUUAUCUCAUUAUUCAUAAAAUAUCUCAUUCCAGAGAAUAAAAGGUCUCGCAGAUCACCACGCAGUGAAAGAGGAAAUCCUCCCGCGAUCCCCCUCUUUAUGGCUUCCGGAGUAUUGAGGAAGGACACAUACGAUUGGUGGUGCCGCGCCUUCUCCGAAUAAUAUUGUGAAAUUACCCAAUCAGCGAGCUAUCUGAUUCUCCAACGGUCAGACUGCGCCAGUGAAGCGCGGAAAAUAAAUUUCGGGUGGGGAGAGAGUUGAAAAGCCCACCAAAGAAAAAUACGAACUUAAUCAAUUAUCUAAAGCCUUAGUUAUAAAUCUGUACGAUCAUGGAUUUCUUGCAUAGCCAGUUAUUUGAUCUCACUGCACUUCUGACCAUACAGAAUAUGAAUGAACUGUACCAUGACUGCCUCUAGGAAUUUGUGGUUCUUUGUGAAAACACAUCAGAAUAUGGAAAGGUCUCUCCUCUCAAACUGUGGAUGGAGUUACAGAAUAUUAUGAACGGGUCACUCUUCUCAAAUAGUGGCUGGAGUCACAGAAACAGGAGGAUGAGUGGCCUCUGCGGAAGACAAAGGGAUGGGGAUCAGGAGAUGUGGCUGGUGGGGGUGACCCACGGCAGCUGAAGCUUUGACAACUCCAACCCCCACAGAUGCUGCUCAGUCCAUUGUUCCUCCAGCAGAGAUUGUUCAAUGCACCAGAUUCCAGCAUCUGCAGACUCGUUUCCUUUCGCAAGUGGGUACCAGUAAACUCAAUAAGUAAGCCCAGUGGACGUGGUGUAUUCUUUCAGAUGGUUUUUUAGGACAUAAAUGAAGUCAAAGAGCAUGGAAACCAGCCCUUCAACCAACCUGUCGAUUCUGUGUUUCCAUUGAGCUAGUCCCACCUGUUCAUGUUUAGCCCGUAGCCUCAAAAUGUCUCCUUGCCAUCUAUUUAUCUAGAUUGUUUUUAAAUAUUGCUCAUGUGCCUGCCUCAACCACCAUUUCAGGCAGCUCAUUCCAAAUGCACUCCACUUUUAGUGUGAAGAAGAUCCCGCUGAUCUUAUAAAUCUCACACCUCCAAUCUGAAACUAAUGUUCUCUUGUUAUUAAUACCCCUUCCCUGAGAAUGCACUUUUACCCUCUGUAUGCCUUCUAUCUGGGAAAGAUAGAACAGCUUUUGAGAGAUUUGACUCAAAUGGUCACAGCAGUGAGGGAUCUAAUCUUGGCACCAAUUGAAACACAUUGCUUUUCUCCUUAGUGAAUACAGCUGAGAACUAUUCACUUCAUGCCCUGCCCACCUCUUGCCCCGUACACAAGUUGUCACUUCGCUCCACAACAGACCCCACUCUCUUCUUAGUUACCCUUCAUCUUCAUACACUUAUGGCACUCGUUAAUUAUCAUAGCAACCGCCCAAAAGCACACAAAAUGAGCCACAUCAAAACUUCGUUACAAGGGAGCGGAGACAACCUUGCAGCAUGGUGUAACUGAAGACUGAUGAGAAACAUCUUUCAAGGAUUCGUAUGAAACAUACACACUGAACUUCAUACAAAGAUGCCUACGAGGUUGACAAUGCUCCAGCCAGGAAGUGACCAAACGGUUUGUCCUUCCAUACAUCCGCAAAAUUUUAGUAUUGCGAUAAAAGAAAUAUCGCAAUAUUUCUUUUCACUCUUUUUCUCUCUCUCUGCCCCUCUCAGUCACUCCUUGCCUGUUCACCAUCUCCCUCUGGUGCUCCCCUCCCCCUUUCUCCCUGGGCCACCCAUCCCAUGAUCCACUUCCUGCUCCAGCUGUGUAUCCCUUUUGCCAAUAAAAUUUCCAGCUCUCAGCUUUAUCCCUCCCCUUCCUGUCUCCUGCUAUCAUUCCAUUUGUUCCCGCUCCCACUUUCAAAUCUCUCGCUAUAUCUUUCAGUUCGUAAUGACGAAGGGUCUCAGCCCGAAAUGUCGACAGUGCUUUCUAUUGAUGCUGCCUGGCCUGCUGCAUUCCACCAGCAUUUUGUGUGUAUUGCUUGAAUUUCCAGCAUCUGCAGAUUUCAUCAUGUUUGCAUCAUUAAUGUUUAUAUUAUUAACAUUUAUUGAGCAUUCCCUUAAUCUUGGCUGCCACUGAUAAUUUGUGACUUUGCCUUUCGAACUUUCCCUACCAUGAAGGAGAGAGGCAUAAAUUCGACUGGGCCUCAGUCAGUCAUGGCACAAGCAAACACGUGGCAUGUAAACUCUGCAGAUUCUCUGUAUUGCUGAAGGGCCUCUCUAUUCUUCAGUGCGCUUUCCCUGUCGCAUCAUCAUUGUCAUUAUGUACUAUGCCAUAUGAUGUUGGUGAUCAUGGUCUUCCAUUUCUCUUUACUGAAUCCAUGACCUUGAUUGCUCUUGGUAAAUUUUUCAGCAGAAGUGGUUUGCAAUUGACUUCUUUUGAGUUGUAACUUUGUAAGACAUUGACCCUAGCAAUUAUCUAUAUUCUUCAGAGAUUGUCUACCGGGCAUCAGUGGUCACAUAACAAGGAUGUUUCUUUCUUUCUUUUUUUUUCUUUUCUUUU